AUGGACCUUGCAAGCUCUCGGUCUUAUGAGCAGCAUGUAAAGGAGCUGGAUUAUUACAAGGUUCUCAACAUCAAGCAUAGCUCACCAGGGCAGGAUCCUGCAGCUGCUUCAACUAGGUGUCGUUACAGCCGCUGCAGAGAUGGAUGUUCCUUGUGCUGCGGGUCCAGCUCCUACACCCACGGCAUGGAACUGCUGGCGCUGGUCCUGCUCCUCAUCUUCCUGCUGUCUAGCCUGGGCAACUGCGCCGUGAUGGGGGUGAUCGCGAAGCACCGGCAGCUACGGACCGUCACCAACGCCUUCAUCCUGUCGCUGUCCCUGUCGGAUCUGCUCACGGCGCUGCUCUGCCUCCCCGCCGCCUUCCUGGACCUCUUCACGCCGCCCGAGGGCUCGGCACCCGCCGCCGUAGCGGGGCCCUGGCGAGGCUUCUGCGCCGCCAGCCGCUUCUUCAGCUCGUGCGGCGGCAUCGUGUCCUCGCUGAGCGUGGCCCUCAUCUCGCUGGACCGCUACUGCGCCAUCGUUCGGCCUCCGCGAGAGAAGCUCGGCCGCCGCCGCGCGCUGCAGUUGCUGGCGGGCGCCUGGCUGGCGGCGCUGGGCUUCUCCCUGCCCUGGGAGCUGCUGUGGGCGCCCCGGGAACCCCCGGCGGCGCAGAGCUUCCACGGCUGCCUCUACCGCACCUCCCCCGACCCCGCGCAGCUGGGCGCGGCCUACAGCGUGGGGCUGGUGGUGGCCUGCUACCUGCUGCCCUUCCUGCUCAUGUGCUUCUGCCACUAUCACAUCUGCAAGACCGUGCGCCUGUCCGACGUGCGCGUGCGGCCGGUGACCACCUAUGCGCGCGUGCUGCGCUUCUUCAGCGAGGUGCGGACGGCCACCACCGUGCUCAUCAUGAUCGUCUUCGUGGUCUGCUGCUGGGGCCCCUACUGCUGCCUGGUGCUGCUGGCCGCCACCCGCCAGGCCCAGGCCGCGCAGGGCCCCUCGCUCCUCAAUGUGGUGGCUGUCUGGCUGACCUGGGCCAAUGGGGCCAUCAACCCUGUCAUCUAUGCCAUCCGAAACCCCAACAUUUCGAUGCUUCUGGGGCGCAACCGCGAAGAGGGCUACCGGACUAGGAACGUGGACGCCGUCCUGCCCAGCCAGGGCCCAGGACUGCCAGGCAGAAGCCGCAGUCGCCUCCGGAACCGCUGUGCCAAGCGUCUAGGGGCCUGCAGCAGGAAGUCUUCUUCCAUCGUGGCCGGCGGGGCAAGAGGGGACGUCGCCAUGUGGGCCCGCAAAAAUCCAGUUGUACUUUUCUUUCGGGAGGGGCCACCAGAGCCCCUGACACCAACAGCCAAACAGACUAAAUUCGAAGCUGGGGAUACCUGCUUCUGAGGCCCGAUAGCCUCGGGAGGCGAGUUUCCACUCGCUUCGUUUAAUGAUAACGGGAUUCCUGGGAGAAUCGUGGGAUUUCAUAUAGCCAAACAUUUAAAAACUAAAGAGAUGGACGGAGGGAGGGUCACCACUUCCCCCAAACAUAAAAAGACAAUGUCCAAUUCUUCAAAAGUGCCCAAAGGAAUGUAAAAUGCAAAAAUUAAAACAAUCUUAAACCACA